CAGGUGUGAUACACGAAUAUCGAAUUGUCAAUACUACUGAAAAUUUUCUAGCGAAAUGACCAGCAUAUAAGGGAUGCGCGAUGCAAUGUCUGCUUUUGGUAUUUUGAAGGAUUGCUUCAGUGGGAGGCAUACUAAAAAAAUCAGGCCAGCUUACGCUGCGUCCUCGGAUUCGCGCGUCUCUUCUUGGACGUCCACGUCCAAAGCCUCCCCACAUGCUCCCAAGAAAACCCUCACUCAAACUUAUUUGGAUCUCGGCCAGAGAUCGCACGGGAAACGCACGCUUUGUGGCACAUGUGGCCUCUUAUACGUAAAUGGCCAAGAGGAAGACGAGAAAGACCAUGUAAAAUUCUGCCGGUCUGUUGCAGCUGGCCUUGUCUGCCCCGGGUGGCGGGACCAGCGCCUAGUGUGGGGUCAAGAAGGAGUGGACGGGAGGGUGAUUGAGGUUCGCCCUGGGGAUGGAGCGGCGCCACUCACAAAGAUGAGGGAGGUGAAACGUGUGAUGGAUCAAGAAAUGGGGUUUGUU